AUGAGUUAUCCAGCUGGGUACCCCGGCACGCUGCCGGCGCUGGAGCUCUCUGGGGAGGGGGACCGGGACUGUAACGGAGGGAAAGCUGAGGACGACCUUCCUCUUCGCCUUCCUCCUCUACUUUCCUCGCCCACCCGACGAGAGCUCUCCCCGGAGGCCCCGGCCAAGGGGGAGGCGAAGAAGCGGCUGAGUGUGCAGUACACGGCGGGCGAGGAAUGCCCCGACAACGUCUUCUUCCCCAGCACGCGGCCCCCGCACCUGGAGGAGCUGCACAACCAGGCCCAGCAGGGACUGAAGUCCCUGCAGCACCAGGGUAGCGUGUCCUUCCGGAGCCGGGCGGCCUCCUGUGCCACGGACAGCAUCUCUGAGGACGCCCUCUCCAUCCGCUCCGAGAUGAUCCAGCGGAAAGGUUCCACCUUCCGACCGCACGACUCCUUUCCCAAAUCCUCGGAGAGGGCCGGCAAGAAGAGGAAGGAGAGGAGGACGACGGUGCUGGGCAUCCCCCAGCAUGUCCAGAAGGAGCUGGGUCUCAGGAACAGCCAGGAAGCCAAGGGACGCCCCGAGGUCUCCGGCGACGCCAUCCGCAUCCCCACCAUCGACGGGAAGCUGCAGCCACUGGCUGUCCCCAGGGGCGCCCGCGUCUGCCUGGGAGCCUUGGAGGAGGCAGACACGGUCCUGCAGAAGCACAUCGACCGGGUUUACUACGACGACACGUUGCUGGGGAGGAAGACGGCGGCCAAGCUGUCGCCCAUGGUGAGGCCAAAGUCGCUGGCCGUGCCGGGCAUGACCACCAACGCCAGUCCCCCGGAGCUGCUGAGCCCCGUCAUGUCCAUCUCGCCCCAGGGCACCUACAUGUCCAAGAUCAUCCCCAAUGCCAUCCUGCCGCCCAUGGUGGAUGUGGUGGCCCUGACGCGGAGCAGCGUGCGGACGCUGAGCCGCUGCAGCCUGGUGUCAUCCAGCCCGGCCUCGGUGCGCUCCCUCGCCCGCUUCUCGGAGCACAGCACCCGCAGCCGUGAGCCCUCCUCCUCCACCAAGAAGCCUUCGCUUGGCCCGGGGCCGGCUCCUUCCCCCCUGAGCCCAAAGGCGCCGGGGGCGGAGGCGCUGGGCUCCCCCGUGCCGGACGGGAAGGCCAAGGCAGUGCCGGUGGACGAGAGCAGGACUAAGAGCGAGCCGGCAGGGACGGCGGCCUCGGGGACGGAGGACGGACGGGGAGAGACGGCCUGA